AUGGGCGCUUACGCCAGUGUCUGCAAGAGCUGGCAGAUGUUCUUCGAACCGCUAGUCUUCCAACACUUCACCCUCGCUCGAGAAGAUUUAUUCGAAUUCAGACAAGUCACCCAAGACAACAGGAGACGGAGUCUGGUCCGGCAUAUUUGGCUCAGACUAGAAGAGCCGUCGGCGCUCCAGCAUUCAGAGCUGGGCCUCGAACAAUACAAAUGGAGUCAACCAUACUUCACCGACAUCAUUUGGAACCUGUGGACAACCAUAUCCCAAUGGAAGGUUGCAGACCUGGCAAAAUUUGGUGGUCAACAGGGUUUGACGCUCGAACUCUCUUCUCACAAGUCCUUUCCGAUGCAGGAGGAUACAUUCAUACCGCGAGAGGAUUACAGGGCGUACUCCCAAUCUCUUGGCAACGGAUUAUCUGCAGUUUACAAAACAGUAAGCAAGUACUACUUCAACGCCCCUCUUUAUGGCGGGGAUCUUAGUACAAAAGCCAAGAGAGACUUGUUUUGCAAAGGGGUUAGAGUCGACAGCAAGCCUCUUCCCAAGGUGGAGGUUGUGACUGGGUUCUUCACCAGGAGAGCAUACACGCAGAAUGUCCGACCAGAGGUUCUCUUCUUGAUAUUCGACAGUCUUCCUAGGGCGAGAGACAUCAGAAUUGAACGGUGGCGACAUGGACUGGUAGCCUGCGAAAAUGAGUGGCGCAAUGGGAUGCAAAUUGACCUUCCACAUCAUAUUCCCGCUUCCCUAGAAAAGCUAGCUAUCUUCGAAGAGAAAGGGCCCCGAAAUGGCAGAUUCAAUUUGAUCCCGAAUGACAAGUUGACCGAGUCCGUCAUUCUGGGUACACUUCAUCUCAAGCGCCUAUUUCUGUGUUUCUUCAUCAACGGAGAUGAAUUCUUCCAGAAACUCUCAAAGUCUGAUAUUACGCAACGUUUUUCUGGACGAGGGUAUCAGGAGCUUACUUCCCUGACCCUGACUUCUCUUCGCCUGAAAGCUAAGAUUGACGGAAAUUGGGACAUGCUGACAUGGCGCGAUGGAGUGAUCGAACUGCUUCAGAUGGCUGCUACAGCGACUAAACUCAUGCCGAAACUACGAUUGAUGGAAGUUUGGAAUGGUGGCGAUGGGAAUGCCAGCAUCUUUCGAUAUGAAGUCAUUGACAACAAGGGUGAAAUCAGUUGGCAGAGCACACAAAAUUGCGACCCGUUUGAGCAAGAGGUCAUCGAGGCUUGGGAAAAGGUUGCUCAGGAUCAUGGACUAAGUGGACUGACGGUUCGCCCGUCGACACUUCUAUCGGGAGAAUUUACGUAUUACGGCUCGAUCAUUCCUCUCCUGAAAUCCCAGGAGGAGGUGCUUCAUCCCAUGUCUGUGGCUCAGAUGACUUAG